AUGGAGUCAGCUGGCACGAGGCCACCCAGUUACGACAGCAUGCCAUCAGCAGACGAUAGGCAAGUCGAAGAGCGUACAACUGCCACGGCGCAGUUUGCCAGUGGCAGAGUGGAGCUGGGCGUUCCGUGGAUUGAGAUGGAGCCUCACGUUUCCUCAAAUCGUCCGCAAGCCGCACAGCGACUGCGCAGUCUGGAGCACUCGCUAAGCCGCCGUCCGAGUGUACGGCAACGGUACCAUGACGUUAUGCAGAGUCAUCUCGCCAAGGGAUACAUCCGCGAAGUACCCAGUGAAGAGGUAGACGGUGACGGCGACAAUCAAUGGUUUCUCCCCCACUUCCCAGUGGUUCGAGAUGACAAAGAGACCACCAAGGUGCGGAUAGUUUUCGACGCCGCAGCCAAAUGGGACGGCCGCUCUAUCAAUGAUGAGAUGCACAGUGGCCCGGCACUUCAGACAGACCUCGUCAAGGUCCUGAUUUGUUUCUGCUCUGAACCGGUGGCACUCGUAGCUGACAUUUCGGAGAUGUUCUUGCAAGUGAUGCUCAGGAAAUCUGACCGCAAGUACCACCGUUUCCUCUGGCGGUUCGACGACGGCCCGGCACACGUCUAUGAGUUUCAGCACGUGGUGUUUGGUAUCAAGGCCUCUCCGUACCUGGCAGUCGAGGACGCUGUGAAAAGCCGCCUGCACUGUCAGGAGAUCCUAGCUCACGGUGGAUUCCACUUACGCAAGUGGUUGUCUAAUAUCGCAGAGGUCGUGGAAAGCGUUCCGGUAGCAGAUCGCGCAGCGUCCACAGUGGUCAACGUCGGCGACCAUGUGCACUGCACCCUGCCAACAACGAAGACACUGGGAGUAACCUGGUCAGCAAAGCAGGACACCUUCACCUUCCGCUUCCAGCAACCUCAGCUUUCAAAACUCACUAGACGAUCCGUGCUCAGUGGUGUCGCGACAGCUUUCGAUCCACGUGGCCAGAUUUCGCCAUUCAUCAUCCGAGCGCGCGUCCUACUGCAGGAUACGUGGCUUCUCGGCCUGUCUUGGGAUGAUGAGCUCCCGUCAACAGUAGCCACUAAGUGGAAGGCGUGGUUUGGCGAACUGCCAGCCCUAGCAGCGAUAGCAGCGCCGCGCAGCUUCAAGGCAUCAGCGGCAUCAUCCGUAUCCAUCCAUACCUUCACGGACACGUCCGACCGCGCUAUUGCAGCAGCCACCUACGUUCGAGCUGAAGAUAGCUCGGGUGCGGUGCGAGUGACACUCGCCAUGGCCAAGGCCAAGACAGCGCCGACCCGUCGUCAGACCAUUCCACAGCUGGAGCUUCGUGGAGCAGUGCUCGGACUGAGGAUCAGCAGCGAAGUCGGUGAUGCGUUGGAUGUGCCAAUUUCCGAACACACCUUCUGGGAUGGAUCCGGUCGCACAGCCGUCGAUUCAAGGUGGACAUUGGCAACCGCGUGUCCGAGCUGCAACGUGCCACCAAGCCGUCCCAGUGGCAGCAUGUUCCCGGAAAACAGUAUCCGGCCGACAAGGGUACGCGUGGGCUACAGCGGAGGCAUUGGCUAG